CGUGCUGCCGGGGUCGCGCCGCCGUCCAUGAGGAGAAGGAGGAGCGCGCGCCAUUUGCCGUCGCUGCUUGGGCCCGAGCUGCGCCGCGCCGGCCCCGCUCCGCAUAAUAAAAUGGCUAAUCAGGUGAAUGGUAAUGCGGUACAGUUAAAAGAAGAGGAAGAACCAAUGGAUACUUCCAGUGUAACUCACACAGAACACUACAAGACACUGAUAGAGGCAGGCCUCCCACAGAAGGUGGCAGAGAGACUUGAUGAAAUAUUUCAGACAGGCUUGGUAGCUUAUGUCGAUCUUGAUGAAAGAGCAAUUGAUGCUCUUAGGGAAUUUAAUGAAGAAGGAGCCCUCUCUGUAUUACAGCAAUUUAAAGAAAGUGACCUGUCGCAUGUACAGAACAAAAGUGCAUUUUUAUGUGGAGUUAUGAAGACCUACAGGCAAAGAGAGAAACAAGGCAGCAAAGUACAGGAAUCAACGAAGGGACCAGAUGAAGCAAAGAUUAAGGCUUUGCUAGAGCGGACUGGUUACACUUUGGAUGUAACUACAGGACAGAGGAAAUAUGGGGGUCCUCCUCCAGAUACUGUGUAUUCUGGUGUCCAGCCUGGCAUUGGAACAGAGGUUUUUGUUGGUAAAAUUCCCCGAGACCUUUAUGAAGAUGAGUUGGUACCACUCUUUGAGAAAGCUGGUCCAAUUUGGGAUCUGCGUCUCAUGAUGGAUCCUCUUUCUGGUCAGAACAGAGGUUAUGCUUUCAUUACCUUUUGUAGUAAAGAUGCAGCACAAGAAGCAGUCAAACUGUGUGACAACUAUGAAAUCCGUCCUGGAAAGCACCUUGGAGUAUGCAUCUCUGUGGCAAACAACAGGUUAUUUGUUGGGUCAAUUCCAAAGAACAAAACUAAGGAAAACAUACUGGAAGAGUUUGGUAAAGUCACAGAGGGUUUGGUGGAUGUAAUUUUGUAUCAUCAACCUGAUGAUAAAAAGAAGAAUCGAGGAUUCUGCUUCUUGGAGUAUGAGGAUCACAAGUCAGCAGCACAAGCUCGCCGACGCCUGAUGAGUGGGAAAGUAAAAGUCUGGGGAAAUGUUGUUACAGUGGAAUGGGCUGAUCCAGUAGAGGAACCUGAUCCAGAAGUCAUGGCAAAGGUUAAAGUUUUAUUUGUAAGAAACUUGGCCACUACUGUGACAGAAGAAAUUCUUGAGAAAUCCUUUUCUGAAUUUGGAAAGCUGGAAAGAGUAAAGAAGUUGAAGGAUUAUGCAUUUGUUCAUUUUGAGGACAGAGGUGCAGCAGUGAAGGCUAUGAAUGAAAUGAAUGGGAAAGAGAUAGAAGGGGAAGAAAUUGAAAUAGUAUUAGCAAAGCCACCGGAUAAGAAAAGGAAAGAACGUCAGGCUGCCAGACAGGCCUCCCGGAGCACUGCGUAUGAAGAUUAUUAUUACUACCCUCCGCCUCGCAUGCCACCUCCUAUGAGAGGCCGAGGCCGUGGAGGAAGAGGUGGAUAUGGCUAUCCCCCAGAUUACUAUGGCUAUGAAGAUUAUUAUGAUGAUUACUAUGGCUAUGACUAUCAUGACUACCGUGGUGGCUAUGAAGAUCCCUAUUACGGCUAUGAUGAUGGCUAUGCUAUAAGAGGAAGAGGAGGAGGAGGAAGGGGUGGGAGAGGUGCCCCUCCACCACCUAGGGGGCGGGGAGCACCACCACCAAGAGGUAGAGCUGGCUACUCACAGAGGGGGGCACCCAUGGGACCGCCGAGAGGAGCCAGGGGGGGGAGAGGGGGCCCUGCACAGCAGCAGAGAGGACGUGGUGCUCGUGGAGCCAGGGGCAACCGUGGGGGCAACGUAGGAGGCAAGAGAAAGGCAGAUGGGUACAACCAGCCUGAUUCCAAGCGCCGGCAGACCAACAACCAGCAGAACUGGGGCUCCCAACCCAUCGCUCAGCAGCCGCUCCAGCAAGGUGGUGACUAUGCCGGUAACUAUGGUUACAAUAAUGACAACCAGGAAUUUUAUCAGGAUACUUAUGGGCAACAGUGGAAGUAGACAAGUGAGGAGGGAUUGAGAAUAUUGGAAAACAUAGAAUUGGCUAUAGCUCUACAUCUUUCAAAAAAAAAAAAAAAAAGAAAAAAAAUUGGCUUAAUGUUUCAUCCUUCAGUAGCGAUUGGCUGCCAUUUGUAUUGGGCUGAAGAAUCACUCUAUUGUGUAUAUACUCGAGUCUCUUAGUUUUCUUUUUUCAUAAAUGCACUUGGACAUUACUGGGCUUGCAGAAUUCCUGAACUCCUUAUGGGGUCUCAGUGCUUUUAUCAUUUUAGGCUUCACUUUAGCAGUUUAAAAGCAGGAAUGGCACACUGUUCAAUCAUGAUUUUGCAGAACCUCUGGUUUUGGACAGUUUCUUCUUUUUUUUUUUUUUUUUUUUUUGGAUUUGGGAUAGACUACAUAGGAGUAUGCUGUACAUAAAAGUAAAAGCUAGUGCUUUGUCUUAGUAGUUUUAAGAAAUUACAACAAAUUAAGUUUUCUUGUAUUGAAAAUAACAUGAUUGUAUGUUUUGCAUUCCUAGAAGUAGGAUAACUGUGUUUUUAAAUUGUUAUAACUUCACACCUUUUUGAAAAUCUGCCCUACAAAAUUUGUUUGGCUUAAAACGUCAAAGCCGUGGCAAUUUGUUCCUUGAUGUGAUUGUAUUUCCAAUUUCUUGUUCAUGUAAGAUUUCAAUAAAACUCAAAAAUCUAUUCAAAACA